GUUGGCCAGAUGUGAAAGCUGUAGUCACAAAGGUCUCUUUGCCAGGUUAGGUUACUGUCCUGUCUCUUGAGCUUCUUCAAGUAACUGCUAUACACCUUCACCGUGCUUUGUCUAAUAUCCUGAGCCAGUGUCAGUAUUGACUAUGUUGUUACUUACAUAUUUACAAGAGAAUUCUGGUUCUGGCAGCAGCUUGGUAAAGAAAUCAUUAGAUCUGGCAGGUGCUUGAAGGCAGCUGGAUUAACAGGAAAGAAAAGAGACUUCCCUUGUAGCCAAGAUGAAAGACAGACAAGACAUUCAGGAAGCUUCAAAGGCCCCGCAGCAUGAAGCCCACAAAAAGAAAGAUGAAGUGGAGAAACAAAAGCAAAGUAGAGACAAAGCUGAAGAUUCCCUAGUGCUAAAACCAUCUUCAGUACAUUUCUUCUCAAAGACAGGUUCAGGCUCUUCACCUCUGACACUUUCACAGUCAUCAUCCGAUGAAAGGCCUCUCAGUUACUAUCCAUCUCAGAUUAGUGGUAUAACAGUAUCGACGAUUGGACAACUGACUUCUAAAGGUAGCAGCGUAGUUUCUUUGAAAGAAGUCAGCUGCAUAUUGGGUUCAAAGAAACAUGCUCUGUUGAACCUUGGUCCUGAGAUACCUGUGAGUGGGGAAGGAGAGGAUUAUUUCCUUUCUUUGUUUGGUGAUUCAAAGAAACUUACUGCACACUCAGGCCACAUCGAGAAAACUUACAAACACUUUUCUAUGAUUCUUGAAGAAGUUGGCCAUUCUACAGCCAGUUCUCUUGGAGACAUUAAAAUAGUUGACGUGAAUGUCAAGGGUUUGUUCGUGAAGCUCAUUAACUCUUCCCAUGACAAAGAACUCACAAUUGGGGAUCAUAUUCUCCAGCAAAAUGUGAAUGGACAGAGAGUUUCUUUGUACCGAUUCCUUCCAAACAUCAUAAUGCAGGCCAACUCCACAGUGACAGUGUGGGCAGCAGCCUCUGAAGCAAAGCAUCAGCCACCAUCAGAUUUUCUUUGGAAGGAACAAAACAAGUUUAUAACGAGUCCAGACUGUACAACAAUCCUGUGCAAACCUAAUGGCCAAGCUGUUGCCUGGUACACUCUUAUUCACUGGAAGCAAGCAUGGGAGAAAUUAGAGACUGACAUUGAAUUUGACAGAUCUUCAAAAGUAACUCCAAAAUUCCGAAAGCACAUGUUUCGGUGGGGAGGGUCUACAACUACAGUCACUACAGAGGCAGAAGAGCAACCUCAGAAAGAGACCUCAAAAUGUCAGCUGGAACCAGAGCAAGUUUUUCUUUUGAGAGAAAAGGAAAUUCCACCAACCCUUUUCCCUGAUAGCAGCCCUUGGUGCCAGAGUCCCUUCGUCCCUACACAUCCCUGCAGUCCUGUGACUCAACCGUACAACACAGGCACUGCUGGAAGCAGGUUGGGUAGACAGCCCAGGUCUCAGUUAGCCAGACCUGAUCCAGCCUCAGGGACCAAGAAAAAGAAGACGUUUAAGUUACACAGCAACAUGCAGCCAACUUAACUUCUAAAGGACAAUAAUAUCCAAGUCUAGAGGAUGCCAGCACGUCACAGCCAGCCUUCAGUACACAGGAGAGAAAGCCAUCAGCAAGCAAGGAAAUGGUUGCUUUUUAGAGAAGAUAAUUCUUUGAGACUUUACUAUAACCACUUCUUGAAUAAGGAGAGCUAGCAGACAAAUUUAAAGUAUUUGUUUUCAAAGCAGUUAAGAAGAAAAAUAUUUGUCAAAA